UCCGUUGGAUCUAGAAGUAAUGUGGAUUUCUGAGAACCAAUCAGAGCAGACUGAUGCAGCCAGCAGCAAAAAUAGCUUUUGAGAAAAAGAAGUAACAGCCAGCCAUUUAGACUAUGGAGUUCCUUCCUGUGGGAACUAUGAGCUAUGGGGCGACCACAUAGUUGUCAGUCUCUCUCUCUCUCGCUUUCUUCUCUGCAUGAAAAUUCUGAACAGAAUCCACGCCCAAUUGAUCGUUUCAGGCGUCUUCAAUGCAGCCAACACCUUCAGCUUCAACAACUUGAUUGCCUCCUACUCUCGCUCUGGUGCUCCGCGUCAUGUCUUUUCUCUUUACGUUCUCAUGCUUAAGUGCCGUUGCACACCCAACAACCACACGUACCCUUCUCUGCUCAGGGCCUCUUCCUCCCUCUCUCCAUUUCACGCAUUCCUACUCCAUGCCCACAUCGUCAAAUUCGUCGGACUUCGGCCCGACGCCUUCGUUCUUGCGGCCCUCAUCGAUGCGUACGCGAGGAUGCUCCAGUUACCCGCCGCCCGCCAAGUGUUUGAUGAUAUGCCUAUGAGAGAUGUGGUCGUCUGGAACUCCAUGAUUGCUGGGUAUUCACGCUGUGGUAUGUCUCUCGAGGCUUUUCUGCUCUUUAGGGAGAUGCAAGCUUGUGGAGUGACGCCAAAUGAGAUUACCAUGGUAGCUGUGCUGGAUGGUUGUGCUCAUUUAGGUGCGCUUUGUUAUGGUAGAUGGGUCCAUGCUUACCUGAAGAAGAAGGGCAUCAGAUUCAAUUGCUAUGUGCAUACUGCGCUGAUUGACAUGUAUGCGAAAUGUGGCAACCUGUACAAUGCUUGUGAAGUUUUCAACGAAAUGACUGUGAGGGACACUCUUGCUUUCAAUUCGAUGAUUGGGGGGUUUGCAAUGCAUGGGUAUGGGAGGCGAGCUUUGGAGAUGUUUGAGAGAAUGAAACAUGAUGGUGUUAAGCCUGACGAUGUUACUUUCAUUGCUUUGCUUUCUGCCUGCGCCCAUGCCGGGUUGGUUGAUGAGGGACGCGUGCACUUCAGGUUGUUGAGGGAGACAUAUAGAAUUGAACCAAAACUUGAGCACUAUGGCUGCAUGGUUGAUCUUCUUGGCCGAGCUGGGUUUCUGAAAGAAGCACAUCAACUCAUUGAGCGCAUGCCCAUGAAGCCAAGUGCAAUCUUAUGGAGGUCGUUAUUGUCUUCAUGUAGGACCCAUAGCAACAUUGAACUGGGGCAGGUUUCAAUCGGGCAUCUGAUGGAAUUGGACCCUCAGGAGAGUGGGAAUUAUGUCCUCCUUUCUAACAUCUAUGCAGCGUAUAAUAGAUGGGAUGAUGUCCGAAGAGUAAGGAAAGUUAUGAAGGAUAGAGAGAUAAACAAGUUGCCUGGAUGUAGCAUUCUUGAAUUGGAUGGUGUCUUGCAUGAAUUUAUGAUGGCUGAUCGUACACACCCUCGAGCAGAAGAGAUAUACUCAAUGCUCGAGGAAAUUGAUAGACAACUUCAUUUAGUAGGGUACAAGCCUGCCACGAAGGAUGUAUUAUUUGAUAUUUCUGAAGAAGACAAAGAAGAUGCUCUGUCAUAUCACAGUGAAAGACUGGCAAUUGCUUUUGCUCUCAUUGCAUCUGAUGCAGAAACAUCAAUUCGAAUUGUAAAAACACUUCGAGUUUGCGUUGAUUGUCAUAUUGCUACAAAGUUCAUAUCUUCUAUUUACAAGCGAGAAAUCAUUGUUAGGGACCGCAGUCGGUUCCAUCAUAUCAAAAGAGGGGUUUGUUCUUGUAAUGAUUAUUGGUAGCAGCUUCUCAUUGAGCAAUCACUUUCUACUACUAA